AUGCUAGACAAUCUUUAUAUUUCCCAACGGGCAGCUAAUGCCAUUAUAGCGGACGUUGCUCCUUACCGCAUCUCAUCUGAAGCUUUAUUUGCCAUAAAUACUUUCCUUGAUGAAUUCUUAUAUUGCUUAAUAGAUUCUGCUAGGUCUCUUGACUUGGUACGAAUAAAAUUAGCCAUUGGUCAAGUUUUACCUACUAGCUUAGGUAAAAAUGCUGUUCAGGAAGCUGAACUAGAACUAAAAACUUAUUGGGAAAGUGGUAACUCGGACCAUACUCAAGAAAGGACUAUAGAAAUAAAUCCUUUCCCUUUACAAAAAGUUUUUGAACAAUUUCGUAUAAAAUGUCAAUAUUUUAGUACCUUAGGUGAACGCGCUUCCGAUGAUCGAGGACGUAAUUUGGUACCUGAUUUAUAUGGUGCGGAGGGUAUUCAUAUUGCUCCAAGUUUGGCAAUAUAUUUAACAGCAGUAUUAGAGUAUGUAGGAGAGUAUACACUUAUAUUGGUUGCUAAAAUUUCGGAAAGGCAAGGUUCAGAAGUAGCAAAAGAUAGAGAAGUAUAUAUCGCAUUGAUCGAAGAUGCACAAAUAUAUCCAUUAUUCCAAAGUCUUAAGUCUCCAAUAUCUAAAACUUUUUCUUCACCAAUGUCAUCACCAAUUUCAACUACACAUACCAAUUCUGAUUCUUCAAAAUCUCCUCGAUUACGAUCUCCUAUUUCGCCAAUUGGAAAUGGGAAUGUGAAUGGAGGAUUUAAGAAUUCUUCUGCUACACCUACUUCUCCGAUUAAAUCAUCCAUUGAUAGAAAUAGUAGAAGUAGUGGAAAUAGUUCGGAAUAUAAAAUGCGUUCAACGAAAAGUACGCAAAGUUUACAAAGUCAGGGAGACGGAGAAACAGAUAUGAAAAGUAUAUCUAGUAUGGAAGAUAAUCUUGAAAAAAUGAGAAGCUUUGAAACUUUGAUUUCAAGUAAUCAAACAAUGAAAGUUUCUUUAACUCCGAAUCGAUUAAUUACAAUUGAGACACAUAAAAGACCUCCAAAACUUGCUCCUCGUGAACCUGUGGCUCAAGAAAAUUUAUAUGAAUUCCUUAAAAAUACUAGUCCAGAUGAUGUGCUAAGUGAUGGAAGGAUUAAGAAAAAAGAUUCAAAAGUUGACCUAUUUCAAAGACGUGGAAAGGCAAUUGAUAAAUUAGAUAAAGUUUCAGAACAUUCCGCUACCACGAGUGCCACGUCAUCUCCUUCUUCUCCAGGAAAUACACCACGUUAUAAACCUCUUAUUCCAUCUUCAUCACCUUAUGCAUUUUAUAAUAGCGCUUCAAUCUCUCAAGCUUUAUCUGCAAAAUCAUACGAAGAUCAAUCUAGAUAUAAUACUUCUCCUUUACAAACACCCAAAACUGCACCAGGUUCAUUACAUCAUAGUAAAUCUAUGGAUCAAGCACAAUCUACAUAUUAUAAUCAAUCAAAAGGUAGUAGAAGUACCGGACAAAAACGAAAUAAACGACGACAUGCGGAACAAGAUUUAAUAGAUUUUUUAAGUACCACACCACCAUCUGAACAAACAGAAUUUCCUCAAUCUGUUAAAAAAGAUAAUUUUUCACCUGAAAUUGUAAAGAAAAAAGAAAAGAAAUUUAAAAAAUUAUUUUUCAGAUCAAGGAAAUCAUUAAAUGAAGAUACUAUGAAUCAACAACGACAUAAUAAUAAUGUUUCAUUCAAGAAUAAUUAUAUAUCCACAAAUUUACAAGGAUCAAAUAAACCAGCUCGUUAUGUUAAGAUAGAAAUUCCUCGAAUUUUAUCUAAAGAGGAAGGAAAUCAAGAACAAAUUAUAUUUGAUCAAGUUGAACAAUCAAGACAUGCUCGUCAUAUAUCUAGAACGAGUUUAUCAAGUUCCACCCAAAAUUCACAAUUACCUCCUUUAAAAGAAGAUGUCUCUAGCGUUUCUGAUAAAAAUCGUAGUGACCCAGUCCCCACCACAAAUUUAAGGAGUUCAUCACAAUCUACAAAUUCAACAAAUUUAACGAAUCCAGCAAAUUCGGAAAUUUUAAAGAAUUCAACAAAUUCAUCAAAUUUAAAGAGCUCAGCAAAUUUAACGAAUUCGGCACAAUCCACAAAUUUAACAAAUUCAGUAAAUUCAACAAAUUCAACUCAUUUAAAGAAUUCGUUAAAUUCGGAAAAUUUGAAGAAUUCAACAAAUUUAACGAAUUUAAAGAGUUCAACAAAUUCAACAAAUUUAAAGAGUUCAGCAAAUUCGGCGAAUUUGAAAAAUUCAGCAAAUUUAACGAAUUUAAAGAGUUCAGCAAAUUCAACAAAUUUAAAGAGUUCAACAAAUUCAACAAAUUUAAAGAGUUCAGCAAAUUUAACAAAUUUAAAGAAUUCUAUAAAUUCAACAAAUUCAGCAAAUUCGGCGAAUUUGAAGAAUUCAGCAAAUUAUACGAAUUUAAAAAGUUCAGCAAAUUCAACAAAUUUAAAGAAUUUUAAGAGUUCAGCAAAUUUACCAAUUUUAAAGAAUUCAGCAAAUUCAGCAAAUUUAAAGAGUUCGGCAAAUUUAAAAGCAAAUUUAAAGAAUUCAACGAAUUCAACAAAUUUAAAAGUAAAUUUAAAGAAUUCAACACAUUUAAAGCAUUCAACAAAUUCAAUAAAUUUAAAGUAUUCGGUAAAUUUAAAAAAGAACAAUUCGGCAAAUUUAACGAAUUUAAAGGAUUUUGCGAAUUCAUCAGAUUCAGCGAAUUUAGCAUCUACACAAAAUAAUCAAAAAAAUAAGGAAAUUAUUGAAAAUAAAGAAAUUAAAGAAAAUAAGGAAAUUAUUGAAAAUGAAGAAAAUGAAGAAAUUAUCGAAAGUGAAGAAAUUAUUGAAAUUAUUGAAGAUGAAGAAAUUGAAAAUAUUGAAAAAACGGUUAAGAUUGAUCAUUUUAUGGAAGAUAUGAUCAUCGCUGAAUUGAAACUUGUUGAAAAAGAAUAUGAAGUUAAUACACAACAAAUUACUAUUGAUGAAUGUAAAGAGAAGGAAGAAAAGAAGGAAAAAAUGAAAGAAGUGGACGAAGUGAAAGAAAUGAAAGAAGUUGAAGAAGUGAAAGAAGUGAAAGAAGUUGAAGGAAUGAAAGAAAUGAAAGAAGUGGAAGAAGUGAAUGAAAUGGAAGAAAGAGAGGAAUCAUUUGUAGCCGAAUGGUUAUUAGGAACCAAACUUACAUUCAAAGAGAUUCGGAUUUUAGUUCAAGAAUCUGAAGAGUAUUAUAAUAUAGAAAUCCAGUGA